AUGAGAACCCAAGGCAUCGGCAUUGAAGAGCCAAAGGUGCCUGGCACCAUUGACAUGACAGUCACAGAUGACACUCAAAUUGCAUACGGUCUUUCCUUGACACCGACUCCGUCCGCCGACCCGAACGAUCCGCUCAACUGGACCCCAAGAAAGAAAUACACGAUCCUGUUCCUCGUCUCAGCGUACUCCUUUCUAGCAAACGGUGCUUUGAUCGGCCCAAGCGUCUACGUCAACCUCCUUGCUCAGCAGUUUGGUAAAACACCCAGUCAGACAUCGCAGCUGGUGAAUAAUCCAAAUCUUCUCUUCGGCUUGGGUUCCCUCAUUUUCGUCCCCAUGUACCAGAAAAUCGGCCGCAGACCCACGAUGCUGCUCUCGAUCAUUCUCUUCUGCGCUGGCCUUCUGGGCUGUGCUCUGUCCAAGUCAUACAAUGUCCUCAUGGGCUUCCGAAUGGUUCACGGUUUCGGCUCAUCAGUUUGCGAAGCAUUACCAGCGCAAGCCGUGGCUGAUGUAUUCUUUUUCCACGAACGAGGAAAGGCCCUGGGCUGUGGAUUGUCGUACAACCUGUUCUUCUGGAUAGAAUUUGCUCUCGGAUGUGUUCUCUUCCUGCUCACCCUGGCGUUCUUCGAGGAAACAAUGUAUCUUGAGGCACGGCAACCUCCUUCACCGUCCAGUCAGCGACCAAUUGACGCCGAUUCCGUCAAAGACGAACCCCAAGCAACCUCUGAGUGUAUGGAAUCCAGGCUUGAGGAGUCUGUUACAAUUCCACCAAGAAAGACCUACUUGGAGCAGUGCAAGAUCUUCGGAAAGACGGACCCCAAUAGCCCGGUGUUCAUGAUGAUGAUCCGAUCCUUUACUUACUUCAUUGUACCCCAGGUGUUCUGGGUCUGCGCUACCUAUGGGAUGGUCAUUGGGCUUGCUGGUCUCGCCUUCACUUCCACUUUCCCAACCAUUGUUGCCGCUCCUCCAUACAACUGGCCAAUUGAGAAUACCGGCCUCGUGGCAAUAUCGGCAUUCAUUGGCUAUUUGUUAGCAGCAGGACCCUUUAGUACCGUCCCGGAUCGAGUCUCUGCUUGGCUUACCCGCAGGAACAACAACAUUCACGAAGCCGAGUACCGCCUUUGGUGUCUGGUGGUUGUCUUUUUUAUCGCCCCAGCAGCACUUAUUCUAUAUGGAUAUGGUGCAGGAAAUCACAUGCAUUGGUUCGCAAUGGUAUUUGCUGUGGGCAUGUUCCAGUUUGGAGCUUUCUUCUAUCUCACUUACACUCUCGCAUACGCUAUGGACUCUUACGAGGCCAAUAUGCCUGAGAUGCUGAUUGCGAUGAACAUUGGCAAAAUGUCUAUUUCUUUUGCCUUUGGUUACAAAGUGAUCGACUGGGUCCAGGCACAUGGCUAUAUUAAGAUGUUUGCAGGCAUCUUUUGUGGCGCACUCACUAUCAAUAAUUUGUUCGUCUUUGUCUUCCUGAUUUUCGGGAAAUGGUUCCGCCGUUGGCUCAGCACCACUGCUCUUUCAAAGAUGCACAGGGAGAGUCUGGGUUAA